CUGGGACUGAAGUUGAAAGGAAUCGGUAUUGUUCAUAUAAUUCAAGGGUUUGGCAAUGUCACUGGCUCAAAGAUGGUAGGAAUCAGUGAGCGCUGACGGUUGUCGACCUAGGCAACAACCUGACAACAUUAGAGCCAUUGGUGAACUGCCAUGGGAGCGUCUGCAAUGAUCUGGACGAUGAUUUGAUAUCGGCCAUGUCGUCAGCUUUUAUUUAUAAGCUCGAUCUUCUUGAAAAAAUAUCUCGAGAAACUCGGACACAUUUCUCCAUGAUUCCAGAACCAAGUCCGAAUAGUUACGUCGUCCACCUAACCACGCUUUUGAGGAAACUCCCAAAAGCACUUUCUCUUCAUACUUGCAAAUCAUAUAUCGUUCUCUUAUAUGAGUGAAGAACAGCCGUUAAAGAGUUCUGCUAGAGGCAGAGAUUUGGAACGUAUUUGUCGUCUUCGAGGAUCUGUGUGGUGUGAGUUGAUGGAAACUUUGAUAUGUCUAAUUGAUAAUGCCCUUCAGACUACCGAAUGGACUUCAGUCCUGCUAUACCUACAGUACCAUCUCUUCAUGUAUAUGUACAUUUAUUUUCCCUUUCCCCAUGAACACACAACCAAACGCCGCGGUAAACCGAACACCCUGUCACAUGUCAUAUGUCACCUCCAUCCCCAUCCCGACCUCCACCCACCUACCAACCUACCUCCCUCGUAUAUUGUACCCUCCCUCCACUGGACGCCGCAAUACCGUGGCCUAUGCAGCGUGGGGUUCACCAACCUGCAGUGCGCAUCAAAAAGCCGCAUCGCUAUUUAGUAUCUUUCUGCAUACAUUGGCAUUUCCGGCCGGGAUUAUCGGGCCCACUUCCAUGGGCUUUUUGAGUUGCUUAGCUCUCAUUUACCUGCCCCUGCACCCAUGGACUUGCAGUUAUCAUCAGAAGUUGCGGGAGGAAGGUAGUUGGCGGAUGGAGGGGGUGAAGAUCGACGAGGAUUGAUAUGGCUUCAAGAGGUAGAUAAGAGCACAUGUAUAGGAAGGAAGAACUGUACACGUUGUCCGUUUACGGCGACUGUAUUCCUGGACGUUGGGGUUUGUGAUGUGAUUGGCUCGGUAUGUUUUCUAUGUAAAGAGCUCAAGAGUCGGUCGGACUAGUUGCUGUACAAGUAGAUGUUCUAAUUAAUCAC